AUGCAUAUUUAUGAAUUGAAUAAUACUAACAAAUAGUAUUCAAAGACAAAGGAUUUGAUAGUUAAAUGUGGAUCUGAUGGUGCUUGUCUAUUUCCGUAAUAAUAUAUAAAGCAGAAAUGUCUGCUUGUGAAUAAGAAUGGAUAAAAUAUUAAUUUGAUUAAGAGGAAGGAAAAUGGAGAUUUUAUCACUUAAUAAUCUAUUGAUUUUGGAACAAGUUCUUUAUUUGGAAUAAUGAGUGAUAAUGGAGAAUAUUUAAUUACAUGGGAUGAUAUAUCCAAAGAAAUUUAGAUAAGAAAAUAUUAAGAAAAAUGA